GAGAGAGAGAGAGAGGGACGCAGUGGAGUGAGUAAAAAUCUGCAGCUCGCCAGCUUCCUGCUUCCCCAUGCUUCCCAUCACCCAUGUGGGCGACCUUGGAGAAGACGACGAAAGGGGAAAAAAAUUUAAAAAAACGUAACAGAUAAGAAGCCUCCAGAGUUCCAGACACCAGUGAUCGAGGUUAUUUUCCCCUUUCGGUGGCCAUUAUUCCUGUUUUCCAGUGUCCUUUGAAUAAUUAAAUAGCUGAUGCCCAUGUGGGGAUAUUUUUACUAACCUUUUUCUGAGUCAGCUUCUUCCUCUUCACAUCACAUUUCAUCGAGAAUCUGAGGCUUUCCCACCCGGGUAUCCCUUCCUGAGUUCUGAUUUUUUGGUCAAGGGUUUAAUGGCAAUGGAGAGGACGAACCCCAAGUUAGGUAAUACAGCCGAAAGGAUCCCCUGCGAUUUCUGCAACGAAGAAAUCGCGGUCUUGUACUGUAGAGCUGAUACUGCCAAGCUUUGUUUAUUCUGCGAUACGCAUGUCCACUCCGCUAACGCUCUCUCUCGUAAACAUCUCCGUUCUCAGAUCUGCGAUAAUUGCAGUUCCGAGCCAGCAUCCGUGUGUUGUUCCACCGACAAUCUCCUGCUUUGCCAGGAGUGUGACGGGGACGCCCAUGGUAGCUGCUCUGUCUCGGAUUCACACGAGCGUAGUCCGCUGGAAGGAUUCUCUGGCUGUCCAUCGCCGCUGGAGCUCGCAUCAAUCUGGGGGUUCGAUCUCGAUCUCUACAGCGAUAAGAGAACUCGGCUACCACCGGAUAACCAUAUGGUUUUCCCCGAUUGGUCGUCUCUGGAUAUGAUUGGGUUUGUUGAUCCAUCGUGUUACAAAUCGAAAUCCACGGCAACCACUACUCUUCAGGAACUGGUGGUGCCCAAUUGCAAGUCUCAUAUGUACCCUCAUGUUCCCUGCGCCGAUGUGCCCCAAGCCAUGUCUAAGCGGCAGCAGAAUUUCAGCUACGGGAAGCACAAGCAAGUUAUUUUUAAGCAGUUGGUGGAAUUGCUUCGGCGAGGCCUUCCUGAAGACUUGCGUCCAGGGACACCUGGUAGGACCACUGCGCAGCAGGAGAACAUGGAAGGUAUUGAUUUGCAUACAGAGGCUGACCAGGCUAUGGACAACAACCAGUCCUUGCGUCACCAAGCACCGUACACUUCUAUGUUCCUGCUUCCGGAGAGUAUGGAUCUAAGAGUGAACGAUUGUCUGGUUGAAGUUAACACUCUUUGGGAUAAUCCUCCCGAACAGUCCAGCCAGAUUUGGGAUUUUAAUUUAGGAAGAUCAAGGGAUCAUGAAGCAUCUGGCCCUUUAGAUGAAGGAUAUGGUACAAGCAGUGAAGGCUUUGUGAUCAAGAGUUAUAGUGACCUCCUUAAGGAAACCCCCUCAGAAACGAUGAAAGUUCUUAAAGACAUUUACCAGUUUAAUUGCUCUACAGGACAUGCGGAUGCAACAUCUGAAAGUAAUAACGUAUCUAUUCUAAGGGCAGCCAGUGGCAGUUCUAAAGAUGGCCAUUUCAUGGAACAACCUGCCCUAACUAGAGUUGAGACCAUGGAAGCAGCAACGGCCAACGUUGACCUGGAGUUGCUGGCAAAGAACAGAGGCAAUGCCAUGUUACGUUACAAGGAGAAAAAGAAAAUGCGAAGAUAUGAUAAGCACAUCCGGUAUGAGUCGAGGAAAGCAAGGGCUGAUACUCGGAAGAGAGUGAAGGGUCGGUUUGUCAAAGCUACUGAAGCUCCAGAUGUUGAAAUCAAGUAUUGAUUAGUUUUUGAGGAUGAGCUUACUCCUAUCCUCUGCGGUACUUUCCCUACCAUGAAUGUAUAUCAGUCUUCUAUUCUAUUCCAUUGCUGCCA